ACCAAAAACCUAAACCCUAAUUUUAAAAAUUAGCCUCAAUUUCACUAAUUUUAGUUCGAUAAUUGUUGAAUUAUUAUCCAAUUUGGACUCUAUUAUCUUUGUAUUGGCUUUGAUCAAUGGGCUGUGACUCGGAAGCGAAGUCUCUAGCACCGGGGUUCAGAUUUCACCCGACCGAUGAGGAGCUGGUCUGGUACUACUUGAAGAGGAAGAUUCUGAACAAGCCGUUCCGGUUCGACCCGAUCUCCGUCACCGAUAUCUACAAGUCUGAGCCGUGGGAUCUCCCUGAUAAGUCGAGGUUAAAAAGUAGGGACUUGGAGUGGUAUUUUUUCAGUAUGUUGGAUAAGAAGUAUGGCAAUGGGUCGAGGACAAACCGAGCCACUGAGAAAGGUUACUGGAAAACAACUGGAAAGGAUCGAGUUAUACAUCAUAACACUCGGAUUGUUGGAAUGAAGAAGACCCUUGUUUAUCACAGGGGGAGGGCUCCACGUGGUGAACGCACCAAUUGGGUCAUGCACGAGUACCGGCUGACUGAUGAGGAAUUGGAGAAAGCUGGAGUCGCACAAGAUGCAUUUGUUCUGUGUAGGAUAUUUCAGAAGAGUGGAUCAGGGCCAAAGAAUGGGGAGCAGUAUGGGGCGCCAUUUGUUGAGGAGGAAUGGGAGGAUGAUGAUGUGGUUGAGGCAGCAUAUAUGCCAGGUCAAGAGAUGGUGGCUGAUGAAAUAGCAGUUGGUGAUGAUUCAUAUUUUGAAACGAAUGACCUUGACCAGAAACUUGAUUCCGCCAACCAAUCUGACAAUGCUUAUCUUCCAUCCAAUUUCUAUUAUGGGGAUUCAAGCAACCAUGUUGAGCAUUCUGAGGACUUGAGCAAUUAUGAUCAGAAGCCCAUAAUAGGCGUGGGUGAAACACCAGUUCCACAGCUGCAAGUUGAGCAGAAUUUCUGUGAUUUACCAGAGCAGUAUGAGUUCAAUGCGAGACCAGUGGAAAAUGAAUAUAUCAUUGAAUCAAACAACAAUGUUGGUCCCGGUGAUGUUAACUAUUUGCUUGAUGAGCCUUACUUGGAUGCUACUGAUAAUCUGCCAUUCAAUGAUGGGUUAUACCUGGAAGCUAAUGAUCUUUCAAAUAACAUCGAGGCAGAUUCAGGAGGUUUUGACAUGGUGGAUGAGUACCUUAAUUACUUUGAUGCUAAUGAUGACAACUCAGAAUAUCUCACUUUUGAUGCUUCUGAAAUUAUGGAGGGCGGAAACAAUGUUUCUGACAUCACACCACUCUUAAGCCCGAAGCAGGUGAAUGGAGUAACUGAGCAAGUGCCCAUGGCUAGCCAUAUGUCUGAAACACAUGGUAGCAAUGAGGCGUCUACUUCAAAUCAAAAGCCAGAGACCACAGAAUUCGAACCAGAUACCAAGUACCCAUUCCUCAAACAGGCCAGUCAAAUGUUGGGUGGCAUUUCUGCACCUCCUGCAUUUGCUGCUGAAUUCCCAACAAAGGAAGCAGCUAUUCGGCUCAAUUCUUUGGCACAAUCUUCCAGUUCUGUUCGUGUUACUGCUGGUAUGAUCAGAAUAAGAAACAUGACUUUAACUGGCACUGGGGUGGACUGGUCAAUGGGAAAAAAUGGGAAUGUCAAUAUUGUAUUUUCAUUCAACGUGUUGCAAAGUGAUGUCAGUCCAGUCAACUCGGUGCUUUCUGGUAAGACGACAGGAUCGGUGGUUUCCCGGAGCUUGUUCUUCUUGAUGUGCUUUUGGGUCCUAAUUCUUACAUUGAGUUAUAAGAUGUGUUCCCAUGUUUAUUCCAAGUGAAGCAGUGGCACGACAACUGGUAUUUGCAGGUUGAAGGUUAAGUUAUUAGGUUAAUUGGUAGUGAAAACUGGUUAUAGAUUAACUUAGACAGCAUUUUGCUGCAGAUAUGUUAUUUAAUUAAAAUGUUAACUGCCAAACUGAAUUGGCAUCUUAUACCUAUAUUUUUCCAUUUGUAAUCUUUCACAUCCUUACUAUACACAAAAUCUUUUGUUUUUUCGUUGCUUUCAAUACUAGUUGUGUUUUGAAGUGACAUGUUAUUUGCA